UCGUUGGCCUCUAACAAGUCUAGUGGAGGCAUAUCGCUAUCCAAUAAGCACCAUUCCUCUCCUCAAGCAACGUAGCAGUCACUUAUGUAAACAUGCAUUGGUGAAUCGCGGCCCCGUACUGAAUGUCACCCUGCGGAGUCUACUCAUACUAAGCAGCUGGGAUAUAACACAGGAAUGACAUUUUCCUUAAGAAGAGGUACUUUCUUCUACGAAGGGUACCAUAUUGGGACAUCCUACUAGUGAUUCUGCCUUGGACAAAAUGCAUCGCAUCACUGAUGCUGUGGUGAAUCGUUGCGGAAAGAGUCAUCAGUACCAUUCUUUGGACCAGACUCAAAGGUACCAGGGCCUGUACUCCGCUCCUGGACGCUAUGUGUCAUCAAGCCUGAUGUGUCGGCCCCUCUAUGAAAGAGUUAAUCCCCGUUCUUCAUCCAUCAUGCAUCUCGUCAAAGGCACUGGGGCGAAGGUGAGCAACCUCACACGAAGAACUCUCUAUCUGAAGAGAAGAAGGUUUGCCGGCACAACUCAGAGUUCAGUGCAUAUCACACAGAAGUCUCUGGAAGCGAGCACAACCUCACAGCGCUGGAACUCUCCUCGAUGGAGAUCAUCAAGGUGGUAUCACUGCUCAUGUGAGCGCUCUGUGAACCUCUGUAUCUUACCGAAUUGUAGUCCAGCGGGGAGGAUGACUCGAAUCAUCAAAAACCCGGUAUCUGGAGUGUAGCAUAACACAGCCUAGCGAACCGAAUCGAGGCGGGACAGAACUGGCAGGCAAUGCCUAGUCCAUGGCCCGGGUGGCCAAUGGACCGGCCCAUGGAAACGUCAUAUCUUAGCAACCCAUCCUGUCAUUGCACACAGCAGCAUGCAAU